AUGCCCUCUCCUGUGACAACCCACACAGGGGAGAGACCUUUUGAAUGCUCAGAGUGUGGAAAGAGAUUCAAUCAGAGUGGCCAUCUUCAACGUCAUCAGAGAACCCACACAGGGGAGAAACCUUUUGAGUGCUCAGAGUGUGGAAAGAAAUUCAGUGAGAGUGGCAGUCUUCAACUUCAUCAGAGAACCCACACAGGGGAGAGACCUUUUGAAUGCUUAGAGUGUGGAAAGAAAUUCAGUGAGAGUGGCAGUCUUCAACUUCAUCAGAGAACCCACACAGGGGAGAAACCUUUUGAAUGCUCAGAGUGUGGAAAGAGAUUCAGUCGGAGUGGCUAUCUUCAACGUCAUCAGAGAACCCACACAGGGGAGAAACCUUUUGAAUGCUCAGAGUGUGGAAAGAGAUUCAGUCGGAGUGGCCAUCUUCAAAGUCAUCAGAGAACCCACACGGGGGAUAAACCUUUUGAAUGCUCAGAGUGUGGAAGGAGAUUCAGUCAGAGUAACAGUCUUCAACGUCAUCAGAGAACCCACACAGGGGAGAAACCUUUUGAAUGCUCAGAGUGUGGAACAAAAUUCAGUCAGAGUGGCAGUCUUCAGCUUCAUCAGAGAACCCACAGAGAGGAGAAACCUUUUAAAUGCUUAGAGUGUGGAAAGAAAUUCAGUUUGAGUGGCACUCUUCAACGUCAUCAGAGAACCCACACAGGGGAGAAACCUUUUGAAUGCUCAGAGUGUGGAACAAAAUUCAGUCAGAGUGGCAGUCUUCAGCUUCAUCAGAGAACCCACACAGGGGAGAAACCUUUUGAAUGCUCAGAGUGUGGAAAGAGAUUCAGUCGGAGUGGCAGUCUUCAAUAUCAUCAGAGAACCCACACAGGGGAGAGACCUUUUGAAUGCUCAGAGUGUGGAAAGAGAUUCAGUGGGUGUGGCACUCUUCAACGUCAUCAGAGAACCCACACAGGGGAUAAACCUUUUGAAUGCUCAGAGUGUGGAAAGAGAUUCAGUGGGAGUGGCACUCUUCAACGUCAUCAGAGAACCCACACAGGGGAUAAACCUUUUGAAUGCUCAGAGUGUGGAAAGAGAUUCAGUCAGAGCAGCAGUCUUCAACUUCAUCAGAGAACCCACACAGAGGAGAAACCUUUUAAAUGCUUAGAGUGUGGAAAGAAAUUCAGUUUGAGUGGCAAUCUUCAACGUCAUCAGAGAACCCACACAGGGGAGAAACCUUUUGAAUGCUCAGAGUGUGGAAAGAGAUUCAGUCAGAGGAGGAGUCUUGAACAGCAUCAGAGAAGACACAGAAGGGGGAAUCGUUAG